UCUAGAUAUAUUAAUAUAUUUCUUUUUUGUUUAUAUAAAUAGAUAACACCAGAUUUAGGUUUAUAAUUAAUACAAACUAAAUCCAGAUUUACCGCUUUGGGUGUUUCUUUCUUUUUUCUUUUUUUUGUGAAUCAUUUAGUUUAAGAUUAUGAAUGGCGUUCAGAUUGUUGCCAAUUAAUAGUAUUGUAGACAUGGUGUAAGUUGAUUUUUUUGACAUUGCAGUGCUAUUGGCUAUGGAAAUGAACUCAUUAUUGGAGUCAGAUUGGGCAUGGCUUCCUAAGGAUUUAUUAGCUAUGAUUCUCGACAAACUGGUUUCGCUGUCCGAUUAUGUUCGCUUUGGUGUAGUCUGUAAAGAAUGGCAGUAUGUAGUAAUGGAGAACAAAGUUGAAUUCCUUCAAAAGAAGGGUGGUAGACAAGUUCCAUUCUUAAUGGUUCCUACAGAAGAUAAUACGGAGGAAAGACGUAGUCUAUACAGCAUCACUCACAAUAAAUUAUAUGACUUUCAGUUACGGGUACCUUACACAAAGAGGCUUUCUGGUUCCUCACAUGGUUGGUUAUUUACUGUUGAAGAAUCAUUUGCGUUAACCCUAAUCAAUCCGUUCUCUGGCGAUACCAUUCAACUUCCUCCGAUUAUGGACCGUGCAGAAUUCGACCGCGUUGAAGACGAUAUUGAUAUCGACCCCGAAAUCGGAUAUUACGACACAACUCCGGUUGAGGAUGAAGUUGAUUUUGAAGUUAUGAAAGCUACAGUGUCUGCUGAUCCUGUUUUAUCUCCUAAUGACUAUAUUGUUAGUGCUAUCUAUAGUGAUAAUAAAACACUGGCAUUCUUUCAGCCAGGAGACAAAGCUUGGACUUACAUUGAUAGAGAGAGAUUUUUCCUCAUCCAUGAUGUCAUAUAUUAUAAAGACAAUAUUUUUGCAGUUGAUUAUUGGAGUAGAAUCAUAAUGGUUGAUCUUAAUAAAAGGGUUGGGGAGAGUAUGGCUGCUCAAGUGAAGGUAAUUGCACCAAAGACUGAUGUUGUUUUUGAUCGGACGUAUCUUGUUGAAUCAUCUCGCGGGGAUUUACUUCUUGUGCAAAGGAAUAUGGUAUAUGAUGAACAUAAUGAUUGUAAGCAUGAAACUACAGGGUUUAAGGUUUUCAAGUUGCUCUUAGAGCAACUUGAACAGGGUUUGCCUAAGCGGGUUGAAAUGAAGGGCUUGGACGGAGACGCCAUGUUUUUGGGAGAUAACCAUUCAAUUUGUAUUUCAGCUUCCAAAUGGCCAGGCUGCCAGCCAAAUUCUAUAUACUACACCGAUGAUUAUAUUGACCUUCAUUUCCAUCCCCCAUGUGGUCGCCGUGACAAUGGCAUCUUCAAUGUAGAGAGUGGAAGCUUUGGGACACAUUACACUCUUGAUCCGUCACAUAAUCAUAUGCCGCCCUCAAUUUGGAUUUUGCCAACUAUGUUAGGAAACUGACUACUACUAUAAUGAAUGUCUUUUGGUUGAAUCUAAUUUGUUUAGUUCUUCUUUAUUUUUAUGUGCUGAUACAUACCUAUUUUUUUCUCCGUUAUAUUAAAAAUAUAAAGAUAAUGUUUGUGAGAAUAAAGGAAAUAUUGUUUGCGGUUGGUUCUAUCUCUUUAUGGUCAUAAAAUAUGACAGAAUCGAAUUCAAUUUUUUAUUUUAUUUUUUUCUUUUGGUAACAAGUAAAUACUGGUAUCUUUUUCUCUGUCAGCUCAUGAAUUAUAUUACUUAAAAUCAGGGUUGGAAACACUUGAACGUUGCUUUAUAAUUAAACUGUCCUAUACAAUGCAAUCCAGCUCUCUAACUGUUCGUUCAUUCAAAACUUUGUAAGACCACAUAU